CGAAAAAAAAAAUGAAUGAUAGAAGUAGAAUUGAUCCCUGGACCUUGAGAAAUAAUAACAUUAGCUAAACCAACGUGCCAGAAGAUGAAACAUGUUAAAGGUAUCUUUAUUUUAUAUAUAUCUCAUUAUAUCGAAACCAUGACCAGAGACGGAGAGUCCACUUUUAUUUCUUCCUCUCCAUAUCUAUCAUCUUCAACAGAACCUCCACCUUCAAAAUCAAUCGCCGAUAUCUUUUCUACAUCUAUCUAUUUUAUCUACACACCGACGCUUCAAAAACUAUCCAUUUGCUUCUCCUUUAAUUUUUCAUUAUUCUGUAAAUUUCCCCCAAAUCUCUACGCGGAAGCCAAGAAUACAUUCCAAACCCUAAUCCAACCAUCCGUCCUUCCCGAUUCUCUCCGAUUGAUUUUGCGAUCCCUUCCGGUUUUUUGGUUGCUCGGAUUUAUACACAUAUCUUCGUCUCCAACCGCCUGGUGUUGAAUAUGAGUAAUCAGAAGAAGAGGAAUUUCCAGAUAGAGGCGUUCAAGCAUCGGGUCGUGGUGGAUCCCAAAUACGCCGAUAAGACUUGGCAGAUUCUCGAGCGUGCGAUCCAUCAGAUUUACAAUCAAGACGCUAGCGGCCUCAGUUUCGAAGAGCUCUACAGAAACGCGUACAACAUGGUUCUGCACAAGUUCGGGGAGAAGCUCUACACAGGGUUUAUCUCCACGAUGACUGCUCAUCUGAAAGAGAAGUCGAAGCUGAUCGAGGCAGCUCAGGGAGGAUCUUUCCUAGAAGAGCUCAACAAGAAGUGGAAUGAGCACAACAAAGCGUUGGAGAUGAUACGGGACAUCCUCAUGUACAUGGACAGGACUUACAUCGAGACCACCAAAAAGCCCCACGUUCAUCCUAUGGGGCUUAGUUUGUGGAGGGACAACGUCGUGCAUUUCCCCAAGAUACACGCGAGGCUCCUAAACACGCUUCUUGAUCUUGUCCAGAAGGAACGGACUGGUGAAGUCAUAGACAGGGGGCUGAUGAGGAACGUGAUCAAGAUGUUCACGGACUUGGGUGACUCUGUGUAUCAGGAUGAUUUUGAGAAGCCGUUUCUGGAGGCUUCUUCUGAGUUUUACAAGGUUGAGUCUCAGGAGUUUAUCGAGUCUUGUGAUUGUGGGGAUUACCUAAAGAAAGCAGAGAAGCGUCUCACUGAAGAGAUAGAUAGAGUAGCGCACUACUUGGACGCCAAGAGCGAAGACAAGAUCACUAGCGUGGUUGAGAAAGAGAUGAUUGCCAACCACAUGCAGAGGCUGGUUCACAUGGAGAAUUCAGGUCUGGUUAAUAUGCUUCUGAACGACAAGUAUGAGGAUUUGGGUAGAAUGUACAACUUGUUCCGCAGGGUUACCAAUGGUCUUGUCACUGUCAGAGACGUUAUGACUUCGCACCUUAGGGAGAUGGGAAAGCAACUUGUUACCGAUCCAGAAAAGUCAAAGGACCCUGUGGAAUUUGUGCAGCGUCUGUUGGACGAGCGGGAUAAAUACGACAAGAUCAUCAGCACAGCGUUUGGCAAUGACAAAACGUUUCAGAACGCGCUGAAUUCUUCAUUCGAGUUUUUCAUCAACUUGAAUGCUCGUUCUCCUGAGUUCAUCUCCUUGUUCGUUGAUGACAAGCUACGGAAAGGACUUAAAGGUAUCGCCGAUGGGGAUGUGGAGGUGAUCCUUGAUAAAGUUAUGAUGCUGUUCCGCUACUUACAGGAGAAAGAUGUGUUUGAGAAGUACUACAAGCAGCAUUUGGCUAAAAGGCUUCUCUCUGGCAAAACCGUGUCGGAUGACGCAGAGAGAAGUUUGAUAGUGAAACUGAAGACAGAGUGUGGCUACCAGUUCACUUCGAAACUGGAAGGCAUGUUCACUGACAUGAAGACUUCAGAGGACACGAUGCGCGGGUUUUAUGGCAGUCACCCGGAGCUUUCAGAAGGACCAACACUCAUUGUCCAGGUUCUUACAACUGGUUCUUGGCCCACACAGCCUGCAGUGCCGUGUAAUCUCCCAGCGGAAGUUUCGGUGCUCUGCGAGAAGUUCCGUUCGUAUUACCUCGGGACACAUACGGGAAGAAGAUUGUCCUGGCAAACUAACAUGGGCACGGCUGAUAUCAAAGCCAUAUUUGGAAAGGGUCAGAAACAUGAACUGAAUGUGUCGACUUUCCAGAUGUGUGUUCUCAUGCUGUUCAACAACUCCGAUCGACUCAGCUACAAAGAGAUUGAGCAGGCCACUGAAAUCCCGGCGUCGGAUCUCAAACGUUGUUUGCAGUCGCUCGCGUGUGUAAAAGGGAAGAACGUCGUAAAGAAAGAACCCAUGAGCAAAGACAUAGGAGAGGAGGAUUUGUUUGUUGUCAACGACAAGUUCACGAGCAAGUUUUACAAAGUGAAGAUAGGAACAGUGGUGGCGCAGAAGGAGACGGAACCGGAGAAGCAAGAGACGAGGCAGAGAGUUGAGGAAGACAGGAAACCUCAGAUCGAAGCAGCCAUUGUGAGGAUCAUGAAGUCCAGAAAAAUACUGGACCACAACAAUAUAAUCGCCGAGGUGACCAAACAGUUGCAGCCGCGGUUCCUGGCUAAUCCAACGGAGAUAAAGAAGAGAAUCGAGUCGCUCAUUGAACGCGAUUUCUUGGAAAGGGAUAAUACGGACCGGAAACUUUACCGCUAUUUAGCCUAAUAAGUUCAACAACAACAACAAAAAUUGGCUUUUCUCUCUGUUUCUAUGCUUUGUUUUCUUCUUUUGGUGUAAAAGUUUCUGUAAUCGGUCAAGACGAACAAACAGUGUGUUGGUGCUGUUGGUCGAAUAUACAAUUUGUUUCCUUAUCUUUUGUCGUUUCAUUUGCAACAAGUUAUUCGCACUAUUCAGCUUGUAGACAUGUUUUCAACGUAGGAU